AUGGAAGGUCAAGAGUGUGACAGAUGGCGACAGUUUUGCAUGCAGUACGCAAAGUCAGUCGCUUUCAAAUUUGCGGAAAGUUGGCAACAAUAUUCAACAAAUGCUGGUAUCAUUCAAAGCAAUAUUCCUAUUUCGGAUAUCGUUCAACAAUUUACCAAUACAUUAAGUGACGAAUUGACAGAACGGCUUACAACACCGAAUAUUAUUCUACCUAAUGUUUCAUCCAAUCGUACAACUGCUGAUAAUGUUAACUAUCGUGAACGCUCAUUUGGUUGGAGAUCUCUGAACGAGUAUGAGCGACCAGCGAGUGUCGGUAAUAUUACAUGGUUGUCACGAUCGAGAUCUGAGAUGGCCUCAAGAGGACGCAAUAUGUUGGUAGACUCAAUGAUUCACCAUCAACCGGCAUCCUCUAAUUCUAGUCGGCCAUCAGCCAAGCGACUUUCUUGGUUUCGGUCACAUUUUCAAGCUAAAACAACAGUUGAAUUAAUUCGAGAGGGUAAUGUAAGAUAUAUGAGUGGCUUGGAACUUGAAGCGAAACAAUGGCGAAAAUGUCGGCUAUGUCUUGUGAGAACAGCUGGUGGAUAUUUGUUGGAGUUUUAUUCGCCACCCAAAAGCAGUCGAGCGAAAUCAGGCAUCUUCUGCUUUCUGAUAAUGGAAGUUCGGGAAACGACACCGCUAGAAUUUGAGGAUGGAAACGAAUCGAUAUUUGCUAUUCGAGGAUAUAACGAUGUUUGUUUUAGCUCAUCGUAA